AUGGAUCGUGACCCGGAGCUGAAGGAGAAUCUACAUCGACAAAUACGCGAAUACGAAGUGAAGGGCUAUGCACAUAAGGCGACGAAAGCGGAAAUGGAAGCAGCCGACCCAAGGAGAACGUGGUACCUACCAGUAGGAGCAGUCAUGAACCCCAAGAAACCGGGGAAGGUCCGUAUCAUCUGGGAUGCGGCCGCUAAAGUAGAUGGUGUAUCUCUGAAUAGUGCACUACUCAAAGGCCCGGAUCAACUAUCUUCUCUACCAAGGGUCCUAUUCCGCUUCCGUCAGUAUGGGGUGGCAGUAAGUUCGAAUGUUCAGGAGAUGUUCCACCAACUCCGAAUCCGAGAAGAAGACAAGAUUUCUCAACUAUUUUUAUGGCGCACUAAUCCAUCCGACAAUCCAACGGUGUACGUGAUGGAUGUUGCAACAUUCGGGAGCACCUGCUCGCCAGCAUCAGCACAAUUCGUGAAAAACCGCAACGCCGAGGAACAUUCCGAAGCCUACCCCGAAGCGGCAAAAGCGAUCAUUCACGACCACUACGUCGACGAUUAUCUGGCGAGCUUUAGCUCCGUGGAGGAAGCAGCAAAGGUGGCAAGCGAUGUGCGCUACGUUCACGGCAACGGAGGAUUCAAGCUUCAUAACUGGCGGUCGAACAGCAGCACGGUGCUCAACAGACUAGGCGUAGUCCAACACGAUGCCGAUAAGGAGCUGGACCUGAUCGGUAUGCUUUGGAGUCCGUCAACCGAUGAACUGAGUUUCUCUACACAGAUGAGCGAAGAGGUGCAAACGCUGAUACGCACAACUACGAGGCCGACGAAGAGACAGGUGCUGCGAUGUGUGAUGACCCUAUUUGAUCCGUUGGGGUUGCUUUCGCCGUUCAUCAUCCACGGAAAGGUUCUGAUUCAGGACCUAUGGCGAGAGGGUACGGAGUGGGACGAACAAGUCAGUGAUGAGGUCUACAAGAAAUGGCAGAGGUGGAUACAGAUGAUCGAAUACAUAGCCGAGAUCCGAAUCCCAAGAUGUUACUUCCCUAGUGCUACUCGGAGGACCUACCAGAAUUCUGAAGUCCAUGUGUUCGUCGACGCAAGCGAGGUGGCGUAUUCUUGUGCGGUCUAUCUACGCACAUUCAACGAAGACGGCGAUCCGCAGGGUUGCCUAAUCGCCGCCAAGGUCGCUCCUCUGAAACCUUGGUCUAUUCCCCGGCUGGAACUACAGGCAUGUGUCUUGGGCGCACGGUGGUCGAAAUUCGUCAUAGAAAACCACAACGUUCCCGUAUCCAAGACCACGUACUGGACGGAUUCAAGAACAGCGCUAGCCUGGAUUAAAGCUGAUCCGCGUAACUAUCGACAGUUCGUCUCCUAUCGGGUAGGCGAGAUCCUGGAACAUUCAACGGCAGCUCAGUGGCGGUGGGUACCGUCAAAAUCCAAUCCAGCGGAUGAAGCGACGAAAUGGGGAAGUGGCCCGUACUUCGAUCACGACAGCAGUUGGUUUCAAGGACCCAACUUUCUACGAUUGCCGGAAAAAGAGUGGCCCCGUAUUAAGGAACCAGUGACCGCUACUAACGAAGAAAUGCGUGCAUCGAUUCUGCACCACCGAUCGUUUGAACCCGCAAUAGACUUCAAUCGGUUCUCAUCCUGGGAUAGGCUGCAACGUGCAACCGCAUACGCUCUUCGAUUCCUGCACAACACGUCCAAGAAGCGGCCGGAAUACUCCGGGCCGUUGCAACAGUCGGAACUUCGAGCGGCUGAAGAAACAAUCCUUAAGUUGGUACAGCAUGAAUCCUACCCAGAUGAAGUUGCCGCACUGUCGAAUAAAGCGCCGAACGAAGCGGGACAGGAGCUUAUCGGGAAGCAAAGCUCCAUCUAUCAACUGAUGCCAAUGCUGAAUGGUAACGGAUUGCUACGCGAGCGCGGUCGGAUCGAGAUAGCUGAACAUGUUCCCUAUGGCGUGCGACAUCCGGUGAUCCUCCCGAGGAAGCAUCGCGUCACGGAACUCUUAGUGAACCGAUACCAUCGCUAUUAUCACCAUGGGAACGACGAAACGGUGGUUUACGAGAUCCGGCAGCUAUACACAAUCCCUAGACUUCGAUUGGUGGUCAAACAAGUGAAACGCGAUUGCGCCUUCUGCAAGAUUCGUCGAGCACGACCAACGAUUCCGCCGAUGGCACCACUUCCGGCUGCACGUCUAGCGCACCACGAACGACCAUUCACUUAUACUGGAGUGGACUAUUUCGGACCGCUAUUCGUGGGUCGCCGGGGGCCACCAGCCGAGUUCUUCAGCGACAAUGGAACGAAUUUCCAAGGGGCGGACCGAGUACUGCAGCACCAAUUAAACCCGAAUUCGGAUGGCCGGAAGCGAAGAGCAGUGGUAAAGAUUGGUGGAAAAACUCCAGUGCGGCCGGUGACAAGGCUGGCACUACUCGAUGUGAAGGAGAAACGUGAAGUUCCGGAGAACACCGGACUACACCCGGGGGAGACUGUCGAUGCAGGAUUCGAUGAGCUGCCCACCCUGUCAACCAACGUUUCCAAAGGCUGUUAA